AUGUUCAAGAGGGCUCAUUUGUUCAAUUCAAACGUUCCCUUGGUGCAGGAAGGAAGCGGGAAGUCUGAUCAAAAUGAGAUACAUGACCUAGAGGAUAUAAGAUCUGAACUGGAUAAACCUGAGUAUAAUAUCGAUGACGAGGGAAUUAGAACUUCUUAUGAAACCAAGGUUGCCCAUUGUAUACAUUGCAAAGGGAAAACCAUGUUGAACGAAGAUUCCAUAAAUAAACACAUCCAAAGCAAGAAUCACAUUAAAAACGUCAAAAAGAAUCUUAAAAAGCGAGAAGCUGGGAACAAGAUUAGAAAGGAGUUUAACAAAAGGAUGGAAGCGAUCGAUCGUUUGGGAAAGCUUUAA